AGACAAAAUACUAAACCAUGGAAACGGUUAUUGAACAACAAAGAAGGUAUCACGAAGAAAGAGAAAGAUUAGAGGAUGCAAUGACACAUGAAUUAGUCAUGAAAAAGAAUAGUUUAAAAGAGCAAAUAAAUUCCGAUCAUCGUGUCAGUUUACUUCUUGAUCGAUAUACGCAAGUGACAGAAAAACUUGAGAAGUUGUAUUCUGAUGAAGAUUCAUUAUUGAAAGAAGAAAUAGCUCUCAUUUCUGGUCCAAAUGAGUUUGCUGAGUUUUAUGGGAGAUUACGUAUGAUUAAGCAUUACCACAGAAAAUAUCCUAAUGAAGUUUCAGAGCCUAUGCAAAUUGAAUUUAUGAAGUUAAAAGAAGCUAGAGAAAAACCUGUUGAUGAACAAGAAAUUAUGGUUGAGUUCACUGAUGAAGAGGGAUUCGGAAAAUACCUUGAUUUACAUGAAGCUUACACUCAGUUUAUCAACUUAAAAAACAUAGAACAUAUAGAUUAUUUAACUUAUCUCAUGACUUUCGAUCGUUUAUUUGAAAUCAGCAAAGAUAAAAAAAAUCAUGAUUUUGAAAAUUACCUGAACACUCUUAUAGAUUAUCUAUAUCAUUUUCUUCAGCGUGCUAAACCUCUUUUGAAUUUAGAAAAAGAGUUAAAGGAGGCUUCGGAUGACUUUAAUUCAAAGUUUGAUGCUGGUUCAUUUAUAGGAUGGCCAAAAGAAGCUGGAAGUGCUUUAACUCAUGCAGGAGCUCUACUUGAUUUAUCAUUAUUUUCAUCACCAGAAGAACUUAGUUCCCUAGGUCUAGAUCGUUUAAAAUCUGCACUUCAAGCUUUGAAUUUAAAGUGUGGGGGUACUCUUGAAGAAAGAGCUAGGCGUUUGUUCAGCACAAAAGGAUUGAGUUUAGAAAACUUAGAAUCUUCUGCAUUUGCCAAAGUUCGAAGUAAAGGAAAAGGUGCAGAUAAUGCUAAAAAACAAAAGGAAAUUGCAUCUUUGGAGGCUCAAGUUUAUCGUCUUGUGGAGUUAGUUAGUGAAGAACGUCAGGCAACACGAGAAAAUGUCGAGCGUAAACAAGCUCGAACAUCUGAUGAACUUGAUGAAGAAGAAGAGGAUCAUACAAAUGCUGAAGAAUCCGGUGAUGAGGAAGAGCAGGUGUUGUAUAAUCCAAAAAAUCUACCUUUAGGUUGGGAUGGAAAACCCAUUCCCUACUGGCUUUAUAAAUUACACGGACUUAAUUUAUAUUAUAAAUGUGAAAUAUGUGGCAAUCAACAAUAUCGUGGCCCUAAAGCUUUCCAACGUCAUUUUUCUGAAUGGCGCCAUGCGCAUGGAAUGCGAGUUCUAAAUAUUCCAAACACGGCACACUUUGCUAACGUUACUAAAAUUGAAGACGCGCUUUCACUCUGGGAUAAACUAAAAGAAGUUAAAGCUAAAGAAAGAUUUCAAGCUGACGUUGAAGAAGAAUUUGAAGAUUCAGUAGGAAAUGUUGUAAAUAAAAAAACAUAUGAGGAUUUGUCGAGACAGGGACUUCUUUAGGUCUUAUUACUGUCUAAUACUGAAACGAUAAAUGACGCUGAAAAAUGUAGCUAUAUUAGAUUUGGCAAACAAAGAUUUACAACGAUCUAAUAAUUUUAAUAUAAAAAGUUAUUUUGAAGCUUUGUUGAAAAAUGAGAAGAUUUUUUAUGAGAAA